AUGGAUAACUUAAUACAGUUCAUACUCACCCUGGUGGUGGGAUACCUGUUGUGGGUUAUCGUUACUGCUUUGUGGAGAUACAGCGUCCUCUGCCGGACAGUAAGAGACUUUGCUCAAUUCCGCCCGCCUCAUUGGUUUUGGGGACAUAUGAAAACGGAUUUCAUGACUGAUUUGAGGUUGAUUAUGAACAUGCCGAAAGACGAAAAUAACCACAUUCUUCAUAACAAAAAGUGGACAAUAUUCUGGAUGUGUUUCAUACCAAUAAUCCAAGCCAACCAUCCGGACAGUGUAAAAGCCGUGCUAAAGCUGUCUGAUCCCAAACCCAGGGGGAGAGGAGAAGUUUAUAGUAUUAUUACGGAGUUCAUGGGUGACGGUUUGGUCACAAGCAAUGGGAAAAAAUGGGAAAGGAACCGGAAGUUGCUUACUCCAGCUUUCCACUUUGAUGUGUUGAGGCCGUAUGUUAAGAUUUACAACGACGCGGCUGAUAUUGUCUUGGAAAAGUUUGCCCGACUAAUGAAAGAAACUUCGAAAAGUGUGGAAAUCGGCGAUGUUCUUAACCUUGCCACGCUGGACGUGAUCCUCAGAUGUGCGCUGUCUUACGAAGGCAACAUUCAACUAUCUGAGAAACAUCCUUAUGCCACAGCUGUCCAAAGAAUAGGGUUUCUUUGGAUGAAAAGAAUGAUGUAUCCGUGGCAGUUUCUGUUCUGGACAAUUUACAUGAUGUCAGGGGAUGGUAAAGAGUAUAAAGGACAUCUAGACUACAUCCACGGAUUUGCUGAUGAUCUGAUAGCAAAACGAAAGAAAGCUUUGGCUGAAAAUCCAUCCUUGUUAGUGGGCAAACACCGACUUGAUUUUCUCGACAUCCUUAUGACAGCUAAAGACGAGUCAGGAGCCGGAUUGUCGGACAAGGAAAUCCGGGACGAGGUGGAUACGUUUAUGUUUGCUGGACACGAAACCACGUUUACUGCACUGAGAUGGGCCCUGUAUAAUUUCGGAAGGUACCCGGAUGAGCAAGAAAAAGUUUACCAGGAGGUGUGCAACGUCACAGGAGACCGAACACACAUUCAAUGGGAGGAUCUAGGAAAAUUACAGAAACUGACGAUGUUUAUGAAAGAGAAUAUGAGGAUGUACCCGCCAGUGCUAAACUCUUCAAGGGUUAUCAGAAAGUCCAUGGAGGUUGGAGGUGUCUACUUUCCGGCAGGAACUUCUCUUGCGGUAUCAACAUCUUUCCUAAUGCCAAUGAGUUUCGACCUGAGCGUUUCCUUCCGGAGAAUUCCGAGAACCGGGAUCCCUACGCUUUCAUACCAUUCUCUGCCGGUCCCAGGAAUUGCAUUGGUCAACAUUUCUCGAUGAAUGAACAGAAAGUAAUUUUAUCCAGAAUACUGAAAAGAUUCAAGAUUGUGUUAGACGAGGAUCAUGACGUUAUUCCAGUGGCAGAAGUAUUUCUGUUCAAAAAGAACGAGCGUUCUUUGCUUCGAGCCAUAAGUUGGUGCGACA